CGGGAAAUCACUAGCAGUUAUCAAACAGGAAUCAUUUUGGUUAUGAGUCUUCAUGUCUGAUACCUAAGUCCUGGGGAAUACACAGUGAGCUUGGAUCUAAUUUACUUCAGUUGGAUUUUUGUUUUGGUAACUGGAUACGGGACACCAUGCUCUGGAAACUUGCAGAUAAUGUUAAAUAUGAAGAUGAAUGUGAGGACAGGCACGAUGGAAGCAAUAAUGGCAACUCAAGACUACCCCAUUUGUCAGCAGUCAGCCAGCACCUAUACAGUCCAGCUCCCCCUCUGUCUCAUUCGGGGGCUUCAGAUUUCCAACCCCCCUAUUUCCCACCUCCAUAUCAACCUUUGCCUUACUCCCAGUCUUCCGACCCUUACGCUCACCUAGGAGACCCAUUCUCCAUUAAUAGCAUCCAUCCCUCUCACUCUAAUCCCAACCAACAGCAGUCAUGGCCCAGCAGACCAAGUCAAGAUCCCACAGGGAUUUCACAUCAUUCCAGAUCUGGUCUAGUUCAUCAUAUACCUUCUCUUGAAGCUGGAACAGCAAGGCUAGGGAGAGAUUCAUACAGAAGACCUGACAUUCUGCUUCAACAUGGACUGGAUUCUUCUAAUCUUUCGGACAAUCUUGGACUUCCAGAUAUUGGCCAGCAGAUGGACGAUGUGAGUAUGGAUGAACAGAAUCUAAUAAUGCACGACCAAACAGUUAUUAAAAAAGGUAAACACAACCUUAAUAUGCCCUAUCAGAAAGAUGGAAUGCUGGGUAUGGCUAUGAAUCCAAAUGAAGUAUUUUGCUCCGUACCAGGAAGACUCUCUCUGUUAAGCUCUACUUCUAAAUACAAGGUGACCGUUUCGGAGGUCCAACGCAGACUUUCUCCUCCAGAAUGUUUAAAUGCUUCUUUACUGGGAGGUGUUUUAAGAAGGGCAAAAUCAAAAAAUGGUGGCAGGUCACUACGUGAAAAACUUGAAAAAAUAGGUUUAAACCUUCCAGCUGGAAGGAGAAAAGCUGCAAAUGUGACUCUUCUUACAUCGUUGGUGGAAGGUGAAGCUGUACAUCUUGCGCGUGACUUUGGCUAUGUAUGCGAGACAGAAUUUCCUUCUAAAGCAGUAGCAGAAUAUUUGAGCAGACCACACAUGGAGCGUAAUGAUAUGGUGAAUCGCAAGAACAUGCUUCUCGCAGCAAAGCAAAUCUGCAAAGAAUUCACAGACCUCCUAACCCAGGACAGAACACCUCUUAUGAACAAUAGACCCAAUCCCAUAUUGGAACCUGGAAUCCAAGGGUGUUUAGCUCACUUCAGCCUCAUAACACAUGGAUUUGGAAGUGCUGCCAUCUGUGCUGCUAUGACCUCCGUCCAAAACUAUCUAAAUGAGUCUUUGAAAAUUGUAGAUAAAAUGUACAUGAACACUGGGGAUCAGAGCCCUGGAGAGAACAACAAAAAUCUUGAGAAAAUGGAUAAGCACAGAAAAUGAACUCUUGGAACUUUUUUUUUAUUUUUAACAAAAAAACAAAACAAAAAAACUUAAUGUUUUUAAAUUUUUGUCCAAUUUUCAAAGGGUUUUUAUGUUUUUGUUCUGAACUUUACUUGCUUCAAAUGGUUUUUCCCUGACACAAACUAUCUGGAUCCUGUAACCAUAGGCCAGGAAUUGGCCUGGGUUUCUAAAAAGCCUUUGUGGUCCUCUUCCCACCACAAUCAUAUCUAAUGGAAGCUGCAUCCCUUCUUCAGCGUUCUUGGAAAGAUGCUAAAUAUAAAUUUUUUUUUUAACUUGCUCACACAUUUCAUGCAAAAUCCUUGAUCAUACUUCGUGCAACCUUCCCAGGAGUUUUGCCAGCAAAUAUCAGAUGCAGAUUUGAAAGAGGAUUUAUUGUGAAUUUUGCCAGAAAUAGUUUUAAUUUGUUUUUAAAACUGACUUUUAUAACCCUUUUUAAUUAAAAAUGUUGGAGGUCUUGUCUAUGCUUCCUUAUAUUUUUCUUUUCCUUAACUGACCAAUUAAGGUAAAGAGAACACAUUUCAAGCUAUCAAACUCAAGGUCAUAUUUAUAAAUAUUUUUUUUUUCUUUUAACAUUUUAUACACUGGUCAAUAAAAGGGGCACUAUUUCUAUAUAAAUUAGCAGUUUAGGGCUGCCAUUUUGUCACAUGGUAGUUUUCUAUUGACUCAUUAAAGGACAUUACUCCACAAAUGUUAAUACUUCUAAAUUAAUGUCUUAGAAAUGUCAAACCCCCUCUCCCCAAAAGAAACUAUCAAUAAAAUUGAUAGGAAACCUAUAUAUUUUUUUUAUAUUUAAUUUCAAUGACCUCUGCUUCGACCUCCUAACAGGUUUUUUUUUGUUUGUUUUUCGUUAUACUUUGUGCCAUACCAAUUAAUAUCAUAUUUAACCCCUUUCAACCUUUUUGUACAUUAAGUAUUUGGAACUGUCAUUUGAAUGUUCUUAACUGUUCACUAGUAUGUGUCUAGUGUGGCUGACAAUGCUCUCCCCCCCCCCCCCCCCCGACCACAAAGCUGUUCAGGGAAAACUGUUUUAUGAAUGUACAUAUUUAUUUAUAUGUAAUUUAAAGGGUUUUGUACAUAAUGGUGAAAACUUUUUAAACCAGAGGUUAUGGGGAAUAUUGAUACAUUUUUAGUCUUGUACACAGGUACAAUUAGGGUAUUUAACAAAUGUGCCACUAAAAUUAUUUUCUUCUUUAACCUUUUACAAAAGAUGUGUGUGCAGAAAUUGUAUUGGUGAUGACAGAAGGUUGGGAUAAAUGAAUAUUGCACCUUUGUGGUAAUUCACAGUUCUUUACUUGUAUAUUUCCCAAUAUGAAUUUGUUGUGUAUAACCCUACAAUAAACAUGUUUAAUAAAAUGA